CCACGCUGUUCUGGCAAUGGAAAUGCCUGUGGUAGAUCGCGUCGCUCGGAAUCGGAAGACGGUUGCUGACGAAGAGGUUGUGCAAGCCCCAAGCUUCCAAGAAGCCAAAGUGCGCGGCUGACCGGGCAAAGAUUCUCAUUCAUUCUGCUCGUCUUAAGGCUGAGUCGUGGGUGCGAGAGUGGCAGAGAGACGCGGCCGGCAAAGCUUUCGCCAUCUUACAAGACCCCAGCAGACGCGAGAUGCAUCGCAGCCUCAAGUACUAAACCAUCUCUCUCAUCAGAUCUCACAUCUUCUCUGUCCCUUGCUUCAACUUCUCCACACAGCCUCCAGGCUUUCGAGAUUUGCUCCCGAGCUGCGGAAGACGAAACCCCGGCGCCGUGCAGUAGUUGCUUCUGCGGGAGAUCGGCCAUUUGUCCCUUGCCCGUGCUGCCCCAACCACUUCCUGCAUACCCAUAAUCCAGCCUGCAUAUUGGGCCACAAAAGCAUAAUACUUCACGCCGCCUGUUGCCGCACGCUGACCUACGAGUCCUCCAUCCUGUCGCAUCCCAUAUUCGCACACCGCAGUGCAGACCCGACGAGCGACGAGGAUCAAACGGUGGAAGUCAGAGGUCAACCGCCGCGAUGAAGAAGUUCCUGGGAAACAUCAAGAAGAAAAGCUCGAGUCCCGAGCGGAAUGGGAGCAGCACCACUUUUGUUCUGCCACAAGGCGACUCGCCCGAGGCUGUCGUGGUGCGCGAAGUCACAGCGUUCUGCGAAUCAGGCGCCCCCAAUUCUGAUACCGCCGGCGAAGAAUACCUCCACCUGCCAGCCAUUGUCGAUGCCGCCGAGUCGAGCCCUACGGCGGCGAAGGAGGCGGCUGCGACCAUUCGACGAUACCUGAGCAAAGAUCACUACCAAAGAGGAUUUGCGCAGUACAACGCCGUCAUGCUCACCCGCAUCCUGACCGACAAUCCCGCCCACGCCUUCACUCAAAACUUCGACCACAAGUUUGUCGCGACGGUGAAAGAGCUGCUGCGGGAAGGAAAGGACACCAGCGUGCAGCAGAUACUCAGGGAGACGUUGGACUACUUUGAAUUCGAGAAAGCGCCUGGAAAUGAUAGCCUUGGGCCGCUGAUGGAGAUGUGGAAGAAGGAGAAGGGAAAGCGAAACGCUCUUCGCCCUCAGCAGCACCAAACCCCUGGCGCCUACGCCGGCCAUUACCACCAGCAACAGUCUAGACGCCGGGACAUACUUCCACCCCCCGAAGAGUUGGCCGGACGGAUCGAAGAAGCAAAGACGACGGCUCGACUGCUUGUCCAGACUGUCCAGUCCACCCCUCAGGCGGAGUUGUUGGCGAAUGACCUGGUCAAAGAGUUUGCGGAUCGAGCUAAGACGAUGCAGAGGAGCAUCCAGUCAUACCUGAAUGCCCAGAAUCCGGCGCCAGACCCUGACACGACGCUCACACUGAUCGAGACGAAUGAUCAGCUGAACAUCGCCAUGUCGAAACAUCAGAGAGCGGUCCUGCAAGCUCGGAAAGCCACGGGGUUGGCAACACCUAGCCCUCAACCGCAACCAGAGCCUCAACAGAAUCCUAUGUUCGCGCCUCAGCAGCACGUCCCUGGUCAAAAUGUCUACGCUCAGACCUCUCAGCCUCAGUCAGUGCCGCCUGACCACGGACCGUUCUCUUCCUCACCUCCGCGUCGACAAAACACGAUCCCUACGCCGGUGAGUCCACUCCGGAGAGAGGAGGAAGAGCUAUAUGCGCCGCCGCCUGGGCCUCCUCCCAGCAAAGUAGGAGCACCGCCAAAUCCACCGCCACCAACGAACCAGAACCCCUAUGAUUUCUCCAAUGCCGCCGCCUUUUCCUCUGCCUACUCCGCGCCUGAUCAGCCUCCUCCUGUCCCGACCCGGGUCCGCCCACAAUCGCACGCCUAUUCAUCCAGUGCCGACUACGGGGUAGCCGAGAACCCAUUUGCCGACGACGGGUAUGGAGCUCCACCACCACAGCCGAGAUCGAAUGCGCUGUUUGACAGAGCUCAAAACACCCCCUCGCCCCAUCCUCCGCAGCAAUAUUCCGUGCACCAGUAUCCACAAGAGUUGCCGAGCGAUCGGCCUGGGCCUUACAGUGCAGGGUACCAACCAACGCCGAGCUACAUCCACCGACAAGAGUCAUCGGCAGAUCAUCUCACCAUGCAUGGAGGUACUCCGCCUUCUUCUGCGACGGCGCUGAAUGGGAGGUCAUCGUACCCGUCGGGCGGUGCCUACGGCAGCAACCCCGUGAGCCCCAUUGAUGAGACCCAGGGCGUGGGCCGAAGAAUGAAUGAUUUACAUAUAUGAAAGCGAGCGCCGAGUUGUGACGACGUUAAUGGGCUUUGGGCUAGAGAAUCAGGAUACAGAUACCCUUGCCUGCUGCUUUCCGAAUCUUUUAUGUAGAAUGACUGACAAUUGAUGCCGCAUGCUUUGUUGA